AUGGUUACAGAUGUCGCAAUUUUCGGAGCUACCUGCUCCCCAUCUCAAUCCCAAUAUGUCAAAAAUUUGAACGCAGCUGAGUACGAAAAUGAAUACCCCAAAGCAGUGGAAGCUAUAAGAAAGAGACACUACGUAGAUGACUAUUUAGAAAGCGUGGACACAGCAGAUGAAGCUGUUAAAAUAGCUUUGGAAGUCAGUUAUAUACACGCUAAAGCUGGAUUCUUGAUCCGUAAUUGGAUUUCUAACGAUCGAUCGGUAUUGAGAAGAAUUGGGAAAUUGAAUCCAACAGCUGUUAAACACUUUGUCCCUGACAAGGAGAACACAUUCUCGUCCGAACGUCUCCUUGGAAUGGUCUGGUUACCGGAUACCGAUGUUUUUGCCUUUUCGUUAAACUUUCGUGAGGAUGUGCGACGACUGAUAAUAGGAGAAAUUGUGCCCACGAAAAGAGAGAUGUUACGAGUGGUCAUGAGCAUCUAUGACCCACUCGGUCUUGUGGCAUCAUUUGUGAUUGAAGGAAAAGUGAUCGUUCAGGAAGUUUGGCGAGCCAAAAUCGACUGGGAUGAUAAAAUAUCGGGAAAGGUGUUUUGUCGCUGGAAGCAAUGGCUUGGUGUACUCCAUGACCUUGAUCGUGUAAAGAUACCUCGUUGUUACUUCCCCUCAUACCAUGUUGGCAGCUUUGACACACUUCAGCUCCACAUUUUUGUUGAUGCCAGUGAAGAAGCAUUCGCAGCAGCAGCAUAUUUUCGAAUUGUCGAUCGAGGGCAUGUGCGAUGUGCUUUAGUUACCUCUAAUACAAAAGUAGCGCCUCUACAACCACUGUCAAUCCCGCGACUAGAGCUCAUGGCAGCCGUUAUCGGAGCUCGCCUGAGAAAAACUAUUGAAGAGGGACACACACUUUCUGUUAAACGUACCUAUUUCUGGAGUGAUUCAACUACUGUGAGAUCAUGGAUAAAAUCCGAUCUGCGACGGUACAGGCCGUAUGUGGCUUUUAGAGUGAACGAAAUACUGAGUCUAUCAACUGAGCACGAGUGGAGAUGGGUUCCGACGCGACAGAAUCCCGCAGACGAAGCCACAAAAUGGGGUAAAGGCCCAGCUUUCGAUAAUGAUUGCCGAUGGUACAGAGGUCCCGACUUUCUAUACGACAACGAAGAAGAAUGGCCGAAGGAUCCUAGUGAUACCCAUGAAACAGCAGAAGAAUUACGUCCUGCUUAUGUGUUUGCACAUUUCAUUCUUAAACCUAUUAUCGUCUACGAGCGUUUCUCGAAGUGGGAAAGAUUGCUGCGAUGUGUGGCAUAUUUGCAUCGUUACAUAGGAAACUGUCAACGUAUGCGGUCCAAGGAACCUCGCCAAACUGGUAGUUUGACAAGAGAAGAACUACAAAAAGCUGAGAGAAGUCUGUGGCGUUCAGUACAAGCUGAAGUGUUUCCGGAUGAAGUUGCUACGUUGAAACGCAAUUUACAAGUAGAAAAAGAAAAACGAAGACCGUUGGAAAGAGGAAGUCCCAUCGCAACAGCGACACCAAGAGUCGACGAUUAUGGAAUUCUUCGAGUGGACGGCCGAAUGGAGAACGCAGAUUGUAUUCCAUAUGAAGCGAAAUAUCCUACUAUCCUUCCGAAAGAGCAUCGUGUUACAAAACUACUACUGGAUUGGUACCACCGUAAAUAUCGCCAUGCCAAUGAAGCAACCGUGUUGAACGAAGUCAAGCAAAAAUUCUACAUCCCGAGACUCAGAGUUCAAAUUCGUUUGGUUAAAAAGCAGUGUAUGUGGUGUCGAGUACAUAAAACAGUUCCUGUAGUACCUCAGAUGGGACCAUUGCCACGUGUUCGAUUGACCCCAUUUGUCCGCCCAUUCACUUUCGUUGGAAUCGAUUUCUUUGGACCAUACCUAAUAAAAAUAGGAAGAAAUGCAGUCAAACGAUGGGUAUCAUUGUUCACAUGCCUAACUGUCAGAGCUGUGCACCUUGAAGCCGUUACAAGUCUAUCCACCGAUUCAUGCAAAAAAGCUAUACGCCGUUUCAUCGCUCGCCGAGGAGCCCCACAAGAGAUAUUUACCGACAACGGUACCAAUUUUGUUGGCGCGAGUAGAGAAAUGAAGGAAGAAUUGCAUAAAAUGAAUACAGAAUUAGGUGACACCUUUACAGAUGGCUAUACACAGUGGCGUUUCAACCCACCAGCGGCACCACAUAUGGGGGGAUGCUGGGAAAGAAUGGUGCGAUCGGUGAAGGAAGCGAUGGGUUCACUCCCAACCGAGAGAAAACUUGACGAAGAGUCCUUCGCAACGCUAUUGGCUGAAGUAGAACACAUGGUGAAUUCCCGCCCUUUGACCUUUGUUCCACUGGAUACAGAAGAUUCAGAAUCGCUCAGUCCUAACCACUUUCUUAUGCUUAGUUCAAAUGGGGUGCAACAGUCGGUAAAGAGUCCAAUCGAUGAGGGUGCUACAAUUCGGGGAAGUUGGAAUAUGAUCCAACAUACUUUAGAUAAGUUUUGGCAACGAUGGAUCAAAGAAUAUCUGCCUACCAUCGCAAGAAGAACAAAGUGGUUCAACAACGUGCGAGAGAUCAGAGAGGGAGAGCUAGUUCUUUUAGUGGAUGAAAGGAUCAGGAAUCGUUGGAUUAGAGGGCGUGUACUACAUACCUUUCCGGGGCGAGAUGGGGUUACUCGUCGGGCAGAUGUUCUCACCUCAAGUGGUGUUUUGCAACGGCCUAUUGUUAAACUUGCCUUGUUAGAUGUACUAGGUGACGCCGAAGUCAAGAUUCUGGCGACACAGGGGGGAGAAUGUUCAGUGUAA